AUGGGGUGCAAGGGGUCCAAGCUGGAGCAGCAGGAGGCGGUGGCGCUUUGCCGCGGACGGGCCGACCUGCUGGCGUCGGCCGUGCGGCACCGGUACGCGCUGGCGGAGGCGCACGCGGCGCUGGCGGACUCGCUCGCGACGAUGUCCGCGUCGCUGCACCUCGUGCUCGCGCCCGCCGCCGAGGCGGCCGCGGCGGCGGAGGCGACCGUCGCGCUGCCCUCCGCGCGCAAGGACGUGGACGACGCGGCGGCGGCGGCGGCGGCGGCCGCCUCGCCGCCGCACUCGUCGUCGCACAUCAACUUCGCGCCGUCGUCCGGAUCCGAGUCGGGGUCCGUUUCCUCCUCGCCGACACGGCGGGUCGCUGGCCACGAGCACCUCCACCACCACCCGAGCGCGCUGCCGUUCCCGCAUUAUGGGUACGGCUACGAGUACGCGCCCAACCCACCGUUCGGGUACCCGCCGGGGUCGCUGCAGCUCUACUACGCGCGGAGCCGCCCGCCCCCGGCGUCCGUCGCCGUCGAGCAGCGCCCGCCCACCUCGGAGCGCGUCUACUUCGGCUCCUUUGAACAAGCUCAGUAUCACCCCUACGGCGGCGAAGCCAGGAGGGCGGAUAGGGCGGCCGUGGCACCGCCGUCGCCACCGAGGGCGAGCUCGUGGGACUUCUUUAAUGUGUUCGACAACUAUGAGGUGUACGACAACUACUGCUACGAUGCUCCCGGCACCGGCGCCACGACGCCAGCGCCAUACACGCCUAGCCGCAGCUCGCGGGAGGUGCGCGAGGAGGAGGGCAUCCCUGAGUUGGAGGACGAGGACGCGGUCGUCAAGGAGGUUUCCAGCGAGUACUCCGCGCACGGUAGCGGUGGCGCGCGCAGCCGACGCAGCUCUAUCGGCGGCGUGAGCAGUAGCAUUGCCGAAGUCGACGAAGAGGAGACUCCAGUUGUCGACAAGGGAGUGGUCGGCAGCGGCGGCAUGGCGCGGCAGCAGACGCCUGCGCAGGGCAACGUCGCCGCGUCCGUUCCAACGCCCCGCAGGGCCACCGACGGUGCAGAUGUUGCCGGCGAGAUCAAGGCGCAGUUUGUCCGAGCGGCGGACGCUGUCAGGUCUCUUGCGCCGAUACUUGAAGUCGGGAGGCGGAGCUACCAUCCACGGAGCUCAGUGUACCAUGUUUCAUCUCGGAUGGUGUCAGUGAUUGCCCUGCCCCAUUCGGAGUACAGAGGUGGUGACCUCUUGGAUGUCGGAGUAGGGGAGAAGGUGGUGGGAGGGAGGAGCUUGUCUUUGACCCUACAAAAGCUCUAUAUCUGGGAGAAGAAACUGUACGACGAGGUGAAGGCUGAAGAGAAAAUGCGACUGCUGCUUGCCAAGAACUCCAAGCGGCUGAAAUUCUUGGAUCAAAAAGGUGCUGAAGCCUCCAAGAUUGAUGCGACUAGAAAUUUGGUCAGAAAGCUAUCGACAAAAAUACGAAUAGCUGUGCGAGUUAUUGCUAAGGUGUCAAAAAAGAUAAACAGAGUAAGGGAUGAGGAGUUAUGGCCACAAGUUAAUAACUUAAUUCAAGGGUUUGUGAAAAUGUGGCAAGAUAAGCUCAACUGCUACCACAUCCAGUUUCAAGCAAUAUCAGAGGCAAAAAAUUUGGAUUCAAUUAUUUCUGGUGGAACCAAUCGUGACCUGGCAAUGGAGCUUGAACUAGAGUUGAUUAAGUGGAUCGUCAAUUUUUCAUCCUGGGCAAAUGAGCAGAGGAGCUUCAUCAAGGCACUGAAUGGAUGGCUAGCACUCUGUCUUAACUAUCAGCAGGAGGAGACGGCCGAUGGGGUUCCUCCGUAUUCUCCUGGAAGAGUGGGUGCACCCCUUGUGUUUGUCAUCUGUAAUAGCUGGUCCCAAGCUAUGGAUCGGAUUUCGGAGAAGGAGGUGAUUACCAGUAUGCAAGCUCUUGUGUCUAGUGUACGGAGCCUGUCGGAGCAACAAAACGUUGAGCAAAAUGAACAAUUCAUUGCAAUGCGGGAAAGAGAAAAAUGGAACAAGAUAUUGGAAAGGAAGACCCUGGAGAUUAACAAGGAGGCAGACACACUCAACAGGAAGCUAGCUCUGGUACCAGGCCGGCAAAGCUUGCUUCCAACAGCGCAAACGUACCAGGUCCAUUUUCUUGAAGCAAACAGUGUGCAGGUUUGUUUGAGGCGUGUUCUUGAAGCCCUAGAAAGCUACUCUUCCAAUUCCCUGCGAGCUUUGGAGGAUACCAUGAGGCAUGCCGAGGAGGAAAGAUUGUCAAGAGAAAGAGGCAAAGUUUCAUAGGCAUAGGCAUAGAGAUUCCAUCUGACACUACAGCAAACACAGCUUGUAAAAUACGAGGAUCUCAUCUCCAGGUGGUUAUAACUUAUCAGAUCAUUGCAGAAUGUUCUGGGCAAAUGCUUCUAGCAGGUCAUUUUUUUUGUGGAGAAAUUCUAAUUUUGGAGUUUUGCUAACUUACCGAGGUUUGUCAAUGCAGUUCAGGCAAAUGUCCUUUGUUGAUCCAUCAGAAUAGAUAUAGUUGUAUUGAAGUAGCAGGUACAUAUAGUUGAAGUGCUCGUUUCGGUGCUAGUGUGCACUGUAUAUGCAGUGUACUACUGAACUUCUGUGUUACCUUCUUCUUGGCCUCCAUACAGUUAAAUGUUUCAAUGAAUGUGCAAGAGUGGAACAAUUUGU